AUGAAGCAAUGGGGCCAGCUCUCAUUCAAAUCCAGCCGUAACCAGGUUAAUGCAAAGAAGUUCAAUGCAGUUGAAGAAAACAGUGAAGUAUGUGGCUGGAAUGAAUUUUUUCUCCUCAAAAUGGUGUUGCUACUGCUUUUGAUGCUUGGUCUUCUGCCUCAUGUCAUAAAUGAAACCCAUUCCACUCCUCCUAGUAUGGAUACCCAUUCCACUAGUUGCAGACGAAGUGAUUCCUUUCCUGUUUUACAUGAAUUUGCUCAGCCAGGAGAUCUUGUCAUUGGGGAGAUCGCUUCCAUGUUCUUCCUCCUGCGCAUCGCCACUAAAUUCAACCAACCUCCUGCUCCCCGUUUGAACAAGGAAGUCAUCAUGGUGCCAAAGGAUUACCAGGAUAUCUUGGCCUUGGUAUUUGCUGUAAAGGAGAUCAACCAAAAUCACAGAAUCUUACCAAAUGUCACUCUAGGCUUUCACAUCUACGACAGCUACCACAAUACUGAGAUGACUUACAAGAUGUCACUGGAUCUGCUUUCUUCUCAGAUUAGGUUUGUUCCAAACUACAAGUGCGAUAUUCAGAACAAUUUGAUAACUGUGAUUGGGGGAAUGAUCUCUGGGAUUUCCCAGAACAUAGCCACAAUUAUGAACACCUACAAAAUUCCACAGUUCACCACAGGCCCCCUUGAUGUAAUGGUGACUGAGAAAACUCUGUUCCCUUCCCUGUACCAGAUGGUCCCACAUAAAAUCCAAGAGUAUAAUGGGAUUGUCCAGCUACUUAAGCACUUUGGAUGGACAUGGAUUGGGCUAUUUACUCUGAAUUCCAUCAGUGGAGAAACAUUUUUGCAAAUAUUUGCACCCCUACUUUUUCAACAACACAUCUGUAUUGCUUUUAUAGUAAAAAUUCCAAAAUGGAAAUACGUUGAUGGAAUAUUACAAUUAUCCAAUACAGAAGUGAAUAAAAUUUCAGAUGUCUUAGAAAGCAAAGCCAAUGUCUUUCUUGUCUAUGCAGGUUCUUUAGCAAUGGAAGCUUUGUACAGGUAUCUUAACAUGACGUUCUUGCAUUCGCCUAUAGGAAAGGUGUGGAUUGUGACAAUACACUGGGGUUUCAAAGGAAACACCCAGCAAAGGGGCUGGCACAUACAAUCUUUUCAUGGUGCCAUGUCGUUGUCAGUUCACUCCAAUGAACCAUUGGGAUUCAAGAACUUUCUUCAAAAUGUAAGACCUUCAUCAUGGGCAAAAGAAAAUCAGUAUAUGCAGGAUUUCUGGGAGAAGGUUUUCAAUUGUUAUUUGAAAAAUAUCACUGAGCAUGAGGAGACCAAGGAAGCCUGUACUGGGGAUGAGAAUCUGGAGAGUCUUCCAGGAAUUUUCUUUGAAAUGAGCAUGACUGGCCACAGCUAUGCUGUCUACAAUGCUGCCCAUGCUGUGGCACAUGCUCUGCAUGCCAUGUAUGAAGCCAGAUCCAAACACAGAUUACGGGUGGUUAGAGAGAAGCUGGCACCCUGGAAUUUGCGCUCAUGGGAGCUCCAUCCCUUUCUAAGGAGUAUCACAUUCAACAAUAGUGCUGGAGAGACAGUACAUUUUGAUGAAAACCAAGAAUUAAUUGCAGGAUUUGAUGUUACAAACUGGGUAAUCUUCCCAAAUCAAUCUUUUCUUCGAGUAAAAGUUGGAAGGAUGGAUCCUCGGGGUCCUCCAGGAAACGAGUUAACAAUUCAGGAUGAACGCAUAGUUUGGCAUUCAACAUUUAACCAGAUCCUACCUGUUUCUACAUGUAAUGACAACUGCCAUCCUGGUUAUAGAAAGAAAAAGAAAGAAGGGGAGCAAUUUUGCUGUUAUGAUUGUGUUCCAUGUCCAGAGGGAGAGAUUUCAAGCAAAAUGGAUAUGGAUGCUUGCACUGAAUGUUCAGAAGAUCACUAUUCAAACAUGGGCAAGAAUCAAUGCAUUCCCAAAGUUAUAAGCUACCUAUCUUAUCAAGAACCUUUGGGGAUCAUUUUAGCUUCAUUUUCUCUUGCUUUUACUCUGAUCACAGCUGCAGUGAUAAAAACAUUUAUGAAGAACCAUGACACUCCCGUAGUGAAAGCCAACAACCGAAGCCUCACUUAUGUCCUUCUCAGCUCUCUCCUUCUUUGCUUCCUCUGCUCCCUCCUUUUUAUUGGAUGUCCUGAAAGGGUGAUCUGCCUUCUCCGACAAACCACUUUUGGAAUCAUCUUUUCUGUGGCUCUUUCCAGUUUGCUGUCAAAAACAAUAACUGUAAUUGUGGCAUUUAUGGCUACCAAACCAGGAUCCAGGAUGAGGAAAUGGGUGGGGAUAAGGCUGGCAAAUUCUAUUGUCCUUUCCUGCUCCUUCAUUCAAGCUGGAAUUUGUGCUCUUUGGCUCAGUACAUCUCCUCCAUUCCCAGAUACAGACAUGCACUCGCUGAAUGGGAAAAUUAUAGUGGAAUGUAAUGAGGGUUCCAUGUUUUACUGUGUCUUGGGCUAUAUGGGCUUCCUUGCUGCUAUCAGCUUCACUGUGGCAUAUUUUGCUAGGAAGUUACCUGACGGUUUCAAUGAAACCAAAUUUAUCACCUUCAGCAUGUUGGUCUUUUGCAGUGUUUGGCUUUCCUUUGUCCCAACCUACCUGAGCACAAAAGGUAAAUACAUGGUGGCUGUGGAGAUCUUCUCUAUCAUAACCUCUAGUGCAGGCUUACUGCUUUGCAUCUUUUCCCCUAAAUGCUAUAUCAUUGUGUUCCGGCCUGACUUGAACAACAAAGAGCAACUAAUCCUGAGAAAAAAUCUAAAUAUAUUCAAGUGA